CCUUGAGACACCAUGGAGCACGUUGACCAGACUGAGAAGGCCUACCAGAAGCAGCAGGGCGUGUUCCUUGCCAGCAAGAAGUUCGCCGGCAAGAAGAAGGGCCCCCGCUUCUACAAGGAGGUGGGCCUGGGCUUCAAGACCCCCAAGAGCGCCAUCGAGGGCCAGUACGUGGACAAGAAGUGCCCGUUCACCGGCAACAUCUCGAUCCGCGGCCGUAUCCUCAAGGGCGUCGUCCUCUCGACCAAGAUGAAGCGUACGAUCAUCGUGCGUCGCGACUACCUGCACUUCGUCAAGAAGUACAAGCGUUUCGAGAAGCGCCACAAGAACGUGGCCGCCCACCUGUCGCCCGCCUUCCGCGUGAAGGAGGGUGACGUCGUCACCAUCGGCCAGUGCCGCCCGCUCGCCAAGACGGUGCGCUUCAACGUGCUCGAGGUCGAGCCCGCCUCGGAGACCAAGCCCAUCAACGUGCGCAAGCAGUUCCGCCAGUUCUAAGUUCUCGGUCUUUGGUCCGCUAAGGCUGCUAAGCUUGUGAGCUCCUUCAUGUGCUAAAGCUAAUACACCAACCGCUCCUGAUCUGAACGGGGAAUCC